GAGGGAGGGAGAGCGGGAGAGCGAGGGAGGGGGCCUGGGCCGGGGCCGGGCCGUUCGCAGCGGGGCCUCCCCGUGCUCGAGUGCGGUUCGGCAGGCUGGGAGAGGUUUGGUGUUCCUUCACGCGGCGCCUUUAUUUUCGCGGCGCGGUGCCUCGGCGCCCGGAGGGAGCAGCGCCGUGCCUCGGCCCCGUGUCUCGGCCCUCUGAGCCGCCACAGCGCUGCACCGUCGGUUACGUGCGGCCUGUCCCUUUAGGAGCCAUGUCCUGCUGCCCGCGACAGGAGCUCGGCUCGCGACCUUCCUAGGCAUGCCGGUUCUCAGCAUCCUGCCCCGGUGCUGUCCACCUUCCAGGCCUCGCAGCCCUGCGUGCCGGUCUGUUGGCCACGUUUCAGGUGACGGUACCUGAGAAGUGGCAUGUCCUUACCUAAUGCUUCUGUAAGAGCACACAUACCUACACGAUGCAUUUUACCUCUGUGUAAGUGCCCUCACCGUGCAAUUUUGGAACGAUGGAAUGCAACAGAACCACGUUGCUGUGGCUUUUGUCUUUGUAUUUCGUGGGUUGUGUCUGAGCCUUCGCGGUGUAAGUAGGCCCGGAGCUUCCCGUCUGAAUUGCUGUGGAAGAUGGAACUCAGGGAUGUGCCCUCAAAUAGCACAUGGCUGUGUUGGUACCAGAUGGCAGCUUAAUUGGGCUGUGUGGGAUAAAUGUUGAAAUGGUUUUUCGGAAACGUAUUCCAAAUUGAUUACAUAAUUUACAUAAACUAUUCUCAACAAAAUAAUGAAAUAAUGUUUCAUUCCCUGUAUCCUGCUUGUAGAAGAGUCGUUCUGCCGUACGCUAUGUGGCUCAAGUAAAGCAAAUGCCUCUGCCGGGCUGAAAAUGUCCUUAGCCAGAGCAUCACUUAGUUCACCCUGCGUCAUCAUGCAAUGUCUGUGCUUGGGCAUCAUGCUGGGACUCCCUUCCCUCAAAGGAGAUAAUAGCAAUGAAUAUUCCCCAGCAGUGAGUGCCAGAAUUAGCUUUGUAAAUUUGUGUUUAUCUCUGGACCAUCUCAGGUUCAGCAGGUCAAGCUGCCCAGGGGGUGGAGCUGGCAGGAGCACAGGCAUGGUGCAGGUGGUGCUGCAGUGCUGGCUCCCAGCUGAGCUACGAGGCCAUGAGCUGCCACUGCUGGCUCCGCACCUGCAGUGGGCACACAUAGUACAGCCAGGCUGAGGGCCUCCACUACCUCCAGUGCUGUCAGGGCCUCCUCCUGGGUGCCAUCUGUACUGGGCUUUCCUUAAAACAUGGUGUGUAUGUAUACUGAUCUGUGUGUGUCUGUAUAGAUACUUGGCCAGAGUGAGUUUAACGAAUGUCUGAGAAUGGUAUCCGGAAACAACAGUGAUUCAUCAGACAUUCUGCCUGUUUUUGAGGACCCUCUGCCUAUUUUUGUUUGCACUAGUUAUCAGCAAAUACUGAAAGGGGUUGGAAUGUACCCCCAUAAUGCACAUCACCUGCGUUUGAGGAUUUGGGAUGGCAGAUUACAGGUAGUGCUCAAGCUUAUGUCAUUUCCUGAAAAAGCUACUUGUCCUGACUCAUCCUAAAGAACUUACUGGUGUGCAGAAGGAUGGGAUGGUGGAUCAGUGACCCCACAUAGUGGGAGCAGUGCAGCACCUGCCAUGAGCUGAUCCCUUGGCUGCCCAAAUCUGCAGAGCUGUGCUGUGGGAGGUCCUCACUGAGAGGAGCUAAUGGACGCCGAUCAGAACGGGUUCUGCACUGCUGCUUUGGCCUGGGAGAAUACUUCUGAAAUGAGUGGCUUUCCUGGUGUCCUUUUCACAUCUUUGUAAGUAGAUGUCCCUGUUGAAAUGAGCAAAUAUGUCCAAGGUAAGGUCCACUUAAUCAUAGAACAGGUUAGGUUGGAGGGACCAUAAAGAUUAUCAAGUUCCAACCCCCUGCUAUGGGAGAGUCUGCCACCCACUAGAUGAGGCUGCCCAGGAUCCCAUCCAGCCUGGCCUUGAGCACCUCCAGGGAUGGGGUAUCCACAGCUUCUCUGGGGAGCCUGUGCCAGUGCCUCACCACCCUCUUAAGUAAUGAUCUCCUUCCUAACAUCUAACCUAAAUCUCCCCUCUUUUAGUUUAAUGCCAUUUCCAUCUGUCCUGUCACUGCCAGACCAUGUAAAAAGUUGGUCCCCCUCCUGCUUGUAAGCUCCCUGCAAGUACUGGAAGGCUGCAGUGAGGUCUCCCCGGAGCCUUCCCUUCUUCAAGCUAAACAAGCCCAACUCCUUGGCAACCUUUCUUCACAGGAGAGGUGCUCCAGCCCUUUGACCAUCUUUGUGGCCCUCCUCUGGACCCAUUCCAUCAACUCUGUAUCCUGUGCUGGGGGGCACCAGGCUUGGGCACAAUACUCCAGAUAGGGCCUCACAACGGUAGAGCGGAGGGGGACAAUCCUCUCCCUCUCCCUGCUGCCACCCCUCUGUUGAUGCAGCCCAGGAUACUAUUGGCCUUCUGGGCUGCAGGAGCACACUGCUGGGUCAUGUUCAGUUUUUUUGUCCAUUGGCACCCCUAAGUCCUCUUCUGCAGGGCUGCUCUCAAGGUGUUCUUCUCCCAGUCUGUAAUCAUAUCUGGGUUUGCCUCGACCCAGGUGCAUCGCCUUGCAUUUGGCCUUGUUAAACCUCAUUAGGUUCUUGCAGGCCUGCUUUUCGAGCCUGUCCAGGUCCCUUUGGAUGGCAAAAGUUAGCAUUUACUAACUUUGGAGUGUUGUUACAGACUUAGUGUAAUCGCCUUUUAAAAUGUGUGAGCUUUUGUUUUAAAAUAAAGCUAUAAUGAAGACAGCUUUGAGCUGUUUUUCUUCCUUUACAGCGCAAUCGGAAUUCCAUUAGAGUUCAGGUUAUUGAUCAUUCCUUGCUGUCGCAUGUAAGCCAUCACCUUAGAGUUUUGGGUUAAUACGUGCUCCCCAAGGGUGGAGUCUUUAAGAAAUGCUGUCAUUAAGUUUUUGAGGAUUCUUCAGUUGGCACGUGUCAAACUGUUUUCCAAGUGAUAGGGCUCAGCUAAAUGUGGGUGAGUUUUCACACACAGCAAAAGGCACAUUCCUGAUAAUCUGAGAAAUUCUUUAAGUUUCAGGUGUUGCAAUGGACAGAAUACAAAUAGUCAAGAGGCAGAACCGAUGUUUAGUAUUGUAGUUUGGUGAUUUUGUUACUCUUUUGCUCUCUGCAUUGUGACUCUUGCCCUCUUCCUUGAUCACCCCUGAUUUCUGCUUCUCACACCAUCUUUAGCUGCUGCCUCCGACGCGUGUAUGUAGAUACCAUAGCAUCCCAGCUAACUUGUGUUUGCCAUUGGCUUUUCUUCCUGGAUUGUCACCUUGCUUCCAUUUUUCUCCAGCUCGACAGCGUGCUUUCUGCUUUCCACACCAACAGGUGGUCAGUUUUUCUCCUCUUCUGUUCUCCAAGAAAAUAGGUGAGCCUGAUAAAGACACGUGACAUGGGUAACCUGUCCUUGUGCCACAAGGGCUCCUGAAAGGCUGAAGGACACUUCCAGGUCCGUAAAGUGGAUCACGAUCCUAACGGAUGGGUUUUCUUCUGAAGUUGAGAAUUCCAUUCUGAGAUGCAGGUUUCUGUAAAUAGAAAUGCGCGUAGGUAUUCUCCUGAGGAUGGAGUGAGGAGUCAGAGGGAGUUCCUGCUCCACAAACAUCGAUCGAAACUGCAGCUAAUGUGUCAUGGCUAACGCUGGUACAUCUGCAGCUGUUACUAAUUAACUCACAUCCACAUACCCCCAUCAAAAUUCCUCAUUUUGGUAGCAGUCUCAGCAGGUUUGGAGGAUUUGAGUGGAUGGUGACCAACAAGCUUUCCUGACUCUAGGCCUAACUUAGUUUCUGAACACGCACGUCAUUACUGUCCCAAUGCAGCGGUGCUUUCAGUGACAUUUAGUUUGCUGUUUGAUACAGACUCUGGUCUGAGCCAGAGCCUGCAGCCGCGCUGGUCACUGGGGGUUACCCACGGCAGAGCUGCGAUGUAGUGCUGCCACUCCAGGGAGGUGGGAGUGUUGCACUUCUUUCUGCAGGGGAGCUGUUUGUCCCACAGCUGCCGCAUGCGUUGAGUGUUGUGUCACUGCUGCCGCUGGGUAGGCUGGUGGAAAGACUCCGACCCACUCUGACUAACCGGUCAUUUCUUUUCUGAUGUGUUCAGGCAGCAGACGAAGCAAGCACUCAGAACUGACCGCACAGUGACAGGAAAAGAACUGCCGGAACGUGAACGAAUUACACAAAGUUAUGUGUUCUUACUGCUCACGUGGAGCUGUGCGUUGUUACGGCAGUGGUAGAAUUGUGUGCACGCGUUGUUUGUGAAGGGAUUAAAUUCUGGCGGUGAAUGAGUCUUCUUUCAAGAGCUGCAUUACCGUUGAGACAGCGCAUCUCUGGUGGAACAGGGGGGGUUGAAGUACUGCAAAAAGAGUGAAGCGGAGCCUCGGGUGGGACUGUGAGCCUUUGCUCUGGGCGACACGCGUCUCUGUGGCUUAGCGGUGCUGCCAUGCAGAGCGCAGGCAUCGUGCUCAUGCACUUGGCACUGCUGUCGGGAUGGAUUAGGUUCUUCUCGGCCGGGGGUGGAAUGCUUCCUGCCGUCUAGAAAACACUGGUAUAGUUUGCUAUUAAACUGCGUGUCUUACACCUCUUUAGUGGGCAGACUGGCUGAAUCCAGCUGUUAGCAGUGUCUUCAGCAGAGGUUUUGUUCUUUGUUUCAGCCUUGUUUCCAUCCUGUACGGUGGGUGAUUGAUUUAAUGUGGAAAUGGCUGCUUAAUUAUUUCCCGGUUCCCUUUGUGAGAACAGGAAAAAAAUACAGGAAGCAAAGAUGAUAGUACAAAGCACCAAGAAAUUAAGAAAUGCCUGACAUCAAGUAGCUUUUCUUAUAUGUUAUAAAAAUCAAGCUGACCAAUUAUAGCAUGAAAUCAACGUUUCGGUGCAACAGUACUACGCUGAAAGAGGCAAAAGCUGUUGAAGGAGAAAGAAAUCCAUGUCUCAUCUCUUGAGCAAAGCGUGAACAGGAUCUAGAUGUGAUUUCUGACCCUCCAGAUUUCCAGAGUAAUACUGGGAAGGACUGUCAUACUGGUACAGCUGGGAACAGAAGGAAGGUUUGUGAGAGCCUUCAUUUUGCCACGUCUGUAUUUCUGACCUUAGCACUGCCCGAUGCCUUCAUGCAGCUAGUGAGCUAACCCUCAGCCCCCUAACGCACAGCGUUUCUGGGCAGCUCUGUUUUUCAAUCCAGACCCACCGGUUUUUGCCCUGAGGUCCAGCAGGCUGCAGUGCUUGUUAGUUAUCAGUUCAAGUGCAUUGAACCAGAACGCUAAUCAUAGGUAGUAAUUUUGGUUUUUCACAAACGCUUAUUAAUCAGACUCCUCUGGGGAAAUGACUGCGCUGAUACUGGCAGUCGUAUCAGUUCUUAAGGGCCCUAGUGCAUCCAGAACUGAGCUUGGGAUCCAGCUUUAUCAAACAGAGGGAUGCAGUUUCCUAAAAUUCCUUAACGAGAUAUUAACAGGUAUGGGGUUGUGUUGUUUGCUGCUUCGCUUUUCUAGGUUGGCUAUCGUCUGCUGCUUUUAUAAGUGUUAUGAAAUUACAGUGGUUUUGCACAUCAUUAGAAGUGUAUUAAAAAUAAAAGUGACGUUUAUUUUUAAAUCAAAUAGAUGGAUGUUAUUUCAAACUUCUCAGUGCUGUCUGUGCGGCGAGGGUGAGCAAUCACAGGGUUACCUCAUGUCUGGAGCAGCCUUUUUCCUGUCUGUCUUUCACGGUUCUUUCCCUUGGCACUGCUCAGUCUGUCUUCUCUCUCCUUGCGUUUUGUAACCCUAACUUUUUCUCCUUGGCUGCUGUUAAAGACUUCAUUCCCUUUCACGUUACUGAUGCCUUAAGCGUCAUCCUUUUUUAUUUUCCUCUCUUAGGAAUUUCUGCUGCUGCCACUACAGUUCUGUUUCUUUGCCCAACGAUACAAUCUUAUUGUAAUUCUGUCAAUGCCAAAUUCCAGUUUUUGUUUUCCGGCUGUUAUUUGCCACAUUCUCGGCUACGUAGGGUCUUGGUCUCCUCAUGCUGUCUUCAGCUGCCUGACUUCCCACUCCUCCAAACCCAAUUUCUGCUGCAUGGCACCAUGCCCUCUACCAGUGUCUGCUUUUCUUUCAGUUGCCUCCAUCCCACCUGCUGCUUCCUAGUUGCUCCAUUCCCGAUUUUCAGCCGAGACUCCUGUUUUCAGCUGUCAUAAAGAGCUUACAUAAAAACUUCUCUUUUAGCAUGGCAUCUUUUCUCCAAAACAGGUGACAGCACUCAGAAGAAGAUGUCUGGUAAUGUGAACGUUAGUGGGGGAAGGAAUACAGCGUUAGUUACAGGAGCCCUCUAACAGGCAGCUUCUUGAGGGCUUCAUGAGAAAUCCUUCCCCCCUUGGCUCCGUGUUUCUGAGUGUUAAGAACUUAGUGUAUUAGAGCGUAUGGUUUUCCCUGUUUGGAGGAUUUCAGAUAUAUAUAAGCAUAUAUUUAAAAAAAAAAAAAUUAAUAAAACUUUGUGUACCCUGGUGGGUGGCAUGUUUCACAUUUCUGGUACAGCUUUCAUCAGCAGCACACUGAACAAGCUGCCUUCCCUCUGUGCUUGACAGUGCGAGACUUGUUUCAGCAUCGCUUCUUGUGACCGCCUUCUGCUUCCUCCUGUUUUCGGUGCAAGGGGUUUCAGCUUCAGCCAUUUUCUGUCUCAGGCUGAUUUUUCUCUGGGUAGUGUUUUGGCUGUCUUAAAAAGGUAAGAUCCUGUCUGCAUGAAUGCCACAGGAAUAUUCUGGUGACCGAUCGUGUCAGGAAUGCAGUGUGUAUUACAGUCCUUUAGAAAAUCUUCCCAAAUGCAUUGAUACGUGCCUUUCAAAACUGCAACUUGCACGUGGUCUGUGAAGAUUUGCAGCGGCUCACAGAAUUGAGUCCUACGUUUUCAGUUCAGCGAGUACCUCGUGACCGAGGCUGUAUGUGUGUCUUCCUGUAGGACAGCUUUUGAGAUGAACUGGAAAGCAUCGAUCUUGUUUAGUGAGUGCACGGGUUCCAGGCCAGGGCUUGUGUGUUUUCCUAAAAAUGGCUGCUUUCAACUGCUUUUUAACUAGAGGUGUGGGAUUUGAAGUUGAUAAAGGAAGUCUUUCUCUUCCAGGUUCUUGUGGACAAAAUUCCUGGCAGACAGGAGGUUGAGGUGGCUUAGGGGGAGAAGCUGGUGUGAUUUGGAGUGGAAGAAGGGUGAAGACAUUUGCUGGAAGCUGGGAAGAGGUCAUCAUAUAAGCCAGUUAGCCGAAAGGAGAGGGAGCUGAGUGAAUAAAGGAGCUGAGUACUUGAACGCUGAAGAAAGGGCUGCUUCCUUGCAGUGCUUGCUUAAGCCAGUCCUGUAGCUCUACAUGGUCUCCCAUUUGUGGUUUAUGAGCGAAAUGCUUUCUAGUGUGUGAUCCUGAACUUCUUGCUGGCACUGGAGACGUUCGUGCAGUGAAAGCCCUGCUGUUGUUAUGGGUGACCAUGAGUGAAUCAUCAGCUUCAUUUUAAUUCUGGGGACAAAAAGGCAGACAAUGUUACUAGCUCAGAUAAACCGAGACUCUCAGGGAAUGACUGAAUUUUCUGGAGGAGGAAUGGAGGCCCAGCAUGUGACUCUCUGUCUAACAGAAGCUGUAGCCGUGCAAGAUGGUGACAACUUAGAAAACAUGGAAGGUGUAAGCUUGCAAGCAGUUACCCUUGCUGAUGGCUCCACUGCGUACAUACAGCACAAUUCUAAAGAUGGGAAAUUAAUGGAUGGCCAAGUGAUUCAACUAGAAGAUGGUUCUGCAGCCUAUGUUCAACAUGUACCCAUGAGUAAAAGUAGGGACAGCUUGCGCCUGGAGGAUGGACAAGCAGUUCAGCUGGAGGACGGAACUACAGCAUUCAUUCAUCACACCUCCAAAGACAGUUACGAUCAGAGUGCAUUACAAGCAGUCCAGCUGGAGGAUGGAACUACUGCCUACAUUCACCACGCGGUGCAAAUGCCACAGUCAGAUACCAUUUUAGCCAUUCAAGCUGAUGGCACAGUGGCUGGUCUUCAUACAGGAGAUGCUGCCAUUGACCCGGAUACCAUCACUGCUUUGGAGCAAUAUGCAGCUAAGGUGUCUAUUGAUGGAAAUGACAGUGUUAGUAGCACGGGAAUGAUAGGCGAAAAUGAACAAGAAAAAAAAAUGCAGAUUGUCUUGCAAGGGCAUGGAACAAGAGUGACUGCAAAAUCUCAGCAGAGUGGAGAGAAAGCAUUUCGCUGUGAUUAUGAUGGCUGUGGAAAACUGUACACAACAGCUCACCAUCUUAAGGUACACGAAAGGUCACACACGGGAGACAGACCGUAUCAGUGUGAACAUCCUGGUUGUGGUAAAGCUUUUGCAACAGGGUAUGGAUUAAAAAGUCAUAUCCGAACACACACUGGUGAAAAGCCGUAUCGGUGCACGGAAGAAAACUGCACCAAAUCAUUCAAAACUUCAGGAGACCUGCAGAAACACAUCCGAACCCACACAGGGGAAAGGCCAUUUAAGUGUCCUUUUGAAGGUUGUGGCAGAUCAUUCACAACAUCUAAUAUUAGAAAGGUUCAUAUCAGGACGCAUACAGGUGAAAGACCUUAUUACUGCACAGAGCCAGGAUGUGGGAGAGCUUUUGCCAGUGCAACUAAUUAUAAGAAUCAUGUGAGAAUACACACAGGGGAGAAGCCCUAUGUCUGUACAGUUCCUGGUUGUGAUAAACGUUUUACGGAAUAUUCCAGUUUAUACAAACAUCAUGUUGUACAUACUCAUUCCAAACCAUAUAAUUGUAAUCACUGUGGAAAAACAUACAAGCAGAUUUCUACACUUGCUAUGCACAAGAGAACAGCACAUAAUGACACAGAGCCCAUUGAAGAAGAACAAGAGGCUUUUUUUGAGCCACCUCCAGGUCAAGGGGAAGAUGUUCUGAAAGGCUCACAAAUAGCCUAUGUGACCGGUGUAGAGGGAGAGGAUGUAAUUUCUGCACAGGUUGCUACAGUUACUCAGUCAGGAUUAGGUCAACAAGUAGCACUAAUUUCCCAGGAUGGAACCCAACAUGUCAACAUAUCUCAGGCAGAUAUGCAGGCCAUUGGAAAUACAAUCACUAUGGUAACACAAGAUGGCACCACUAUCACAGUCCCUGCCCACGACGCCGUCAUCUCUUCUGCGGGAACACAUUCAGUAGCAAUGGUUACUGCUGAAGGCACCGAAGGACAGCAGGUUGCCAUUGUGGCUCAAGACUUAGCAGCAUUUCAUAGCACCUCAUCAGAAAUAGGACAUCAACAACAUGGACACCAUUUAGUGACCACAGAAGCUAGACCUGUUACAUUGUUGGCUACAUCCAAUGGAACACAAAUUGCAGUACAGCUUGGAGAACAACAGUCUCUGGAAGAAGCCAUUAGAAUAGCUUCCAGAAUACAACAGGGUGAAACACCAGGAAUUGAUGAUUAACUUCAAAAACUGCUACCAGAACAAUAGAGUGAAAGGUAUUUUGUUUUCAAACAACAAAGGUUCAUGCCAGCAGCAAUCCAUAAAAACUUUGAAGUUCCCCGCUCAUUGAUACUGUGUACACAUUUUAUGCAAGAGCAAAGAACGUUUUGUAAGUGUUGUGUACAUAACCCGUGGAAUGGACUGACAUCAUCUACUUCCAACUGUUGUAUAUUCAGGAAUAUGGAAUUAGGAUUAUAUAGUAAAUUUCCUUGUUAUCCUUUCAUCAGAUUUCAGACUGGUCUACAAGCAAGUUAAAAACAAAGCAGAAGUAUUGGAGUUAAUUUUUAGUGUCAUGUACAAAUAAUGAAGGCAUUACUGAAGAUUUGAAGUGUUGUAAAGACUAUAACAAAAUCAGAAUUUCAAGAACCCUUUGAAGUUAUAAAGAAGACAAAGCCUUUUAAAUUGCUUUCCAUAAAUGGAAGAGUGAUGGAUUUUGAGCCUACUGUAAACCUUCAUAUUUUGAUUUGUUUCAUACAGAUCUGAAUACUCUUUAGAUUAUCCACCCAAUCUCAUUCACUGUAAAUACAGAAUGUUAAUGCUGGAAGUGCUAAUUGUAUUAUCUUUAAAUUGGAUUAUGUACAAAGGAGAAACUUUGGUUGUUCGAUAUUAAAAGAAGUAAAUCUAAUGAUUUCGUUUCUUUACAUAUUUUACUUAAGAUGUUACUCUGAAAAUAUUAUGCAAUAAAAUAUAACAAGAUUGUAUUAUCUAGAUAGGACGAUAUUGUUCUGUGACAUACUGUUUUACUUUUAAUGGGACAAGUUAAAUUAUUUAUUUACGGCCUUGUAUAAUUUUUUCCAAAGUUUAUUUAUCGUAAAUUUAAAUUUUUGACUUACUCGUUUUGACCGUGGUCCACUAAAGUAUGUGAAAUAAUUAGUGCUAAUAGUUAUUUUAAGCAUUCUAAAGCACUACAAAAAUUAUUACUAAGCAUAAUUAGUCAACUGAUUUUGACUAAAAAGUAAACUAUGGGUUUUCAAGAGGAAUAUGUUCAAAUGGUUCCUUUGGGGCAUGAGUACAUGUACUAAUAGUCUGUUUUCAACAGUUCUGAGUGCCUGCAGCUACAAUUCGCUACCUAGGAUGUGUUGAUAAUCAAUGAUUUUGAAAAUCAGGACACAAGUUACUAGACAAAAAGGAUUAAUUAAAGAUUAUGUAAGUACAGUGCUCCUCUCCACCUAUCAUUCUGUAAAGGAAAAAAAAAAUGCAUUGUAGAUAAAUCUAACACGUACUGUAAGAUGUAACGUAAAACUUUUUAUACAGAAAAAUGUCUUUUCUUGUCUUGUUAGUAAGCUUGUUGAGCAAGUUAAACUAACUUGGCUUCCUGUAAGAUUCAGUGCUUACUUUAGAUGAGUGUCAAGAGCACUUCUGAAACUGAAGCCCCACCUUUAUCUUCCUCGAGGGAAGGAUUAAACAUCUUGGGGGUGAAAUGUUGAUCAAGUAAUCAUUUUGUACGUAUUGUGAAGUGCUCAUUUUACGUUUUAAAAAAAACAAAACAACUAUGUACUUGGAGGUAUUUGACAUCAGGAAGGGCAAACUGAAUUUAAUGUGAUUUACUAUAUUGAUACGGGUUGCAGCUUUUUAUGCUUUUCAUACAGAUGGCCAACUGCAAAUUGCCGUGAGAGAACACAGUACUGUGGGAUAAAUGUGGUCAUAACAGACUUAUCUCCAGAGCUGUCACAGAGUAAAACUUGAAAACAGUGGGGUUGUCUGCAACCUUUGUAUAGAACUGAGGCUGUUUACUUACUUAGAUGCCAGAUUUCCUGAAAUUUUAAGUAAUUUUGAUGUCCCAUGGAGAUAAACUGUACUAUGCAAAGAGGUUAAUUAUAUGUCAACUAGAUCAGUUUCUUAGUUUUUACGACCUUUUAGAAAUUAAAGAUGUAUCAUUUGACAUGAACGUUCAAGUUUUUUUCUUAAAUUUCAUUGCUAAUAGUUUUUGGAAACGGCUGGAAGUGACUUAGCAAAGAAAUAACAUCAGUGCCUCUCAUUUCCCAGGACGUUUUCUGACCACUGUACAAAUGUGAGUAUUACUUCCUCCUUCAUACUAGUCAGUUUCCUGCAAGGUAUUGAAACUAGCUUGGUAAGGAAAAGCUGCAAAAUACUAAGUGAUUUUUCUUGAAUCUUACAAGUUGUUCUUGCAAAACUCCGACAGUCAAAGGUUGCACUUCCCCCAUAGCUACCCCUAUAAAGGAAAACAUACUUAAAUACUGAAUAAACAAGCCAGACCGACUUAGACUGCUUAGUCUUGAAAGAGAAGCAGAGAUGAUUAUAUGUAUUUUCUCUGUGAGGCCCUGUAUGUGUAACAGACUUUUUUUCAGAGUGGAGAGUCCUCUGUGAUUUUCUGCCCUGUUUCCCUUCUGGCAGGGGUGGAAGGAACUGUCUUGUGAGCAGAUACUGCCAUUGGAAGGUUCUGUAGUGGAGAACAAAAAUCUGUUACGCAGAUUGAAAUUGGGUGAGGCAGGGAUAUUGGUGAAAAGGAUAUCAGGGGGAGGAAGCAAAGAAUAUGCCCAAAAGGACUGGGUGUUAGGCAGUAGAAAUCUCUUAACGUUUCCCCAUAGACUUUACUCCUCUUUUUGAAUGUUCUGUUUCAAAGGGAGUGGCACGCUGGGAGAAGGAAAUUGUAGAAGAAGGAUCCUAUGAAGUAGAGCAGCCCUUCCUCUUAGAAACUGGCUCCCACAUGUCCAGCAUUCCCAGUCACAAUUUUUCUUUCAGACUUUAAUUCCAGCCCCUUCCUUAAAGGAAAAAAAAACAAGCCAUCUCUAGACUUGGCAGUCAGCACUAGGGGAUUUGCUUUUCUUUACUGUAGUUCAGUGCCUCUCCAGAUAGUAAAAACAGGGAGGCAAUUAUUAGGGGUGCUCGAGGCUGAUGACCUUCUGUGCCAAAGGCACUAUGCAUAACAAUAGGACAGUUCUUACCCUAAAGAGCUUAAUGCCAAAGCACACGUGAAUAGGCUGAAGCUGCAAGACUGUGUUUUUAUAAGAGUAAAUCCUGAAGCCUGACAACAAAGUUGUAAAAAGCCAUAAUCCCUGAUAGUAUAAGUAAUCUCAGCGACCAAUCAGCUGACUGAUACCAGAGAUAUUCAGGCACAGUAUGGGAGGAAAAAAAGGACAUGUGAUGUCUGCCUAACAGAAGGAGAAAGCUAAUAGUCCAGAUAAACAAAAUGUCGGAGCUUGGAGGGCAGCUCUUCCUAAACUUUGCUCUGGUUCCUAACCUUCACUACAAUGUGGGGAGCACUUUGCUUGACGGCAUGUUCUGGCUUCUCUGACAGUCAUGCUGUACUAGAACACUGAAAAAUCCCAGUGUGCUGCGUACUUCACAGGAGGCAGAGCCCUAGGAACAGGAAGCUGUUCAAUCAGUUUUAACCGCCAGGAAAAGAUGGCACAGAGUAAGGGUGUGAAGAAGACUGUUUCUGAAUCCAGCAACUUAAGUGCGACAUCUGUUAAACUCAGACUGCGUACCUUAGGGUGACCAUAGCUCCGGCUUAACCAGAAUGCGCAAGUGCCCUAUAAUGAACCCAUUCCAGUCACGUAGUUUGUUUUUGAAGGGUAACAAUAAGAUGUUUAGUACAGAUUUUAGUAGAGUUUUCACGUAUAGCACAGGUGAAAGUAAGAGUAAGGUGGGCAGGAAAAGGAUUUUCUAAGGGAGCAAGCUCUUACUUUUUAGAAGAUUGAAAGACUAGAAGUGAAGAGUAACUUGUAUGCUAUUCAGCUAUCUACAGUUGUUUGACGCUUCAGAAAUAUAUCAUUUCAGUCUUUAUCAUUUCUUUCUCAAAAAAUACCAGAAUGAACAUGUGUCUUGUCUUUGCAGAUGCAUAAAUUCAGACUCCAGCUCAUUGUUGAUAAUAAUGUACGCCUAUUUUUGCAAAUCAGUGUGUAUUUGAAUAGUGGAUCUCCCAAAAGUAUUUUUUGCUCCAUUGGAUAAAAGCCUUCUGAAGUUUGAGCCCAUAUGACAGGAGACCAAAAGCCAGUCUUGGUUCUUUUGCCUUAAAUAGUAAACUGUACUCAUAAGUCAUAUAUCAGCAUUUUUUGUUGUCAUGUUGUGUAUUUGCAAUAUAGCUUAGGUGUUUUCAGCAGUUUUGAAGUUCCUUUGAUAUUGCUUUGCCAGCAAAGUUCACUUGGCCAAAGGAAUAUCUGACAGUGCGAUUAGACUAUCACCUUUAAUAGUAAUUGGCUGGCACCUAACCCCGCCGUUAAUGUGAUAGCAGACGUUUUAACUGGGGAGUUAUGUUCAAAGCAGACUUAAUUAUCCCAAUAAACAUACAAGCUUAUAUCAACAAGGAAGCAUUUAGUUCUACAUAGUCUGUGUGUUUUUCUCUAAUGGAAAUGUGGCCCUCUUAAAUCCCAUCCAGCUCAGGUUUUGAAGAACUAAGAGAUCAUAUCUGGAUUCAUUUUGUUCUGUUUAAAUUAUUUGAAGCAUUUUACUCAAAAGAAUGACAAAAUGUUGAUGCUUUUUGAGCACAAAUGAUUGUGUGGAAAAAAAAUGUCUUACAUGCUUCCAUCAAAAGCCCAGCAUUUACCCUCAACAUGUUGGCUGACUGCUGUGUUUUACGUACUUAUCUGGGGAGUUUCUGAUUCGCCAUAAUGUUGAUUCUGUAGUGUUUGGCUAAGGGACUUCUGAGCAGGUAUCUUAGUGAGACGAGACAAGGGAAAGACAUUCCUGAUACCUGGCAGGUCUGCUGACAUAACAGAAGCUAUCACGGCACUGUAGAAAGCUCCUAGAGAAAAAGCAAGGUUCCAAAGCUACAUCUCCCAUGGGCUCUUAGCUUUGAUGUAGAGUUCAUUCAGAUUUGAAUGUAAAUUACGAUGACUGAUAAAUAAGCAAAUGCAGAAAUGAUUUGUGGGGCAGAUAGAAUCUGCUGCUUUUUGCUUUGUAAACAGGUACACUGAAGAUAGAGGCAGCUUUUUUAAAUGCUUGUAGGUUUCUUUCGAUAGUUUUAAUAGGGAGAAGGUGUCUGAGUUUUUUGAAACUCAUAGUAUAAGUUUAUAUCUGCUUAUCUGCAUCUCUAAGAAACACAAGAUAACUUAUGUUAAAUGAUACACGUAAGAGAUUAUUAAAAUAAAUUACAGUAAAUUUGAGAAAAGGCAGAGUACUUUUAUGAUUUUGUAUGUUUGCAGGAGGGGAAAAAGAUAAAGAUUAGCGAUGCUGGUAAAUUAGUAGUGACUACUUCAUUUAUGUGCAUGGGAAGUAUUGAGGCUUUUAAUCUCAGAUUAAAAAAAUCUUCUAUUCCAAUCAUUUUAACUUCACUUUGGCACAGGAAAGGGGCAUUCUUAUUAUGCCUGUUGUUUUCAGUCAUGGCAAUCGUUCUCUUUUCAAACUAGAAGAUCGUAGCAUAGCACUCUGCAAAUUUCAAGAAAAUUUCUGAUCUGAAUACAACUCACAGGAUCCGGAUACUUCUGCCAUUUUCUUUGUAACCAGAGGAAGAAAUGCAGGCAGAAAGGGAAUCAUUAAGACCUGAUAAAGAGUAUAUGCUUUCAUUGCUAUAAAUACUGAGGAAUUGUGCCUGACUGCUUGGCAAAAAUCUAUGUUUUUUUUUGAAUAUAACUAUAAAGGUAACUUAUUUCUGAGUAUUUUCAGGUCUUCCUUUGAAUUCCCAUAUUUUGGGCCCAGAAUUUCUUCUUCAGUAAGAGGGUGUCAAAUUCCCCUUUCUGUUGUCUACCUCAAUCUCUUGCUCUUGUGUUCACCCAGGAAGUGCAAAUAAUAUCCUUGCAAAAUGCUCUAUCUACAUGCAGUGUAUGGGCUAAAAAGAGUAAAAGGACUGGCAGCAUCAACUACAAGCUGCCGUAGAGUUUCUGAUUUUCAUAGAAGCAACCUGACCUUCCUUUUCUUCAGCUUUUUCACUUUGUUUAUCCUUCUCAUAAAAUGAACCAGUGUCAAGACUAGGGUGGCUGCUCUACGAUGGUUUUCAUCCAGUUUUUGGCAGAACUCUUCUAAUUUGAUCACUGUGGUUUUUGGGGGACUGCAGAUGAACUUGUAAGUGCAGGAAAUCCUGACAAGUAGGCACUGUACUCCCUUCUGUGGCAGUUUCCUCUGACAGCUAGACAAAUUGGCCAUUGUUUCAUUUCUUUCCCAUUCAUCAUUAUUUAGGUUGUCCUGCUACCCACGAAAGAGAGAACUGUUUCCCUUGAAGUUUGAAAACUCCUAGUUAAAAGCUGUUGGUUAUCAGUGAGAGCGUGCUGCCCCAGAUAAGGAUUUCUGGUAGCAGAAAUCUUGAGUGCACCGGACUGAUACACAUUUUAAUUUAAAAGCAAGUAGUUUUUUUGUUUUUUUUUUUAAAUGCAAAUAUAUUCUGAAAAUAAAUUGAAUUUGUAGACAUUGCACUACUGCUAGGCAUGCACUGCCUGGACACCAGGGUACACAUCUAUUCACAGGAUCGGGUUUUUAUUUAGCAUGAUCUACAGGAGCUCAGAGGUGCAAUUUAAUGAGCUUCAGAGAAUUAGGGCUGAGUUUGGCUCCAAGAGUAUAGCGCAGUAGAAGACGACUCUGCUCUUCCCUGCUCGCCUCUCUUCUUCCUGUGACAAUCUCCUCUGCUAAUGUACUCUCUAGGGAAAUGGGCUCUGUAGUGCUUUUUAUUUAGGCUGUUGAUAGGCCUGGUAAUGUCAGUCCUUGUCGUGGUGGGCAGGAUAGCCAAGUUACCAUCCUCAUGCUUGGGGAGAAUCAACUUCUCUUCAAUACAGCUAUUGAUAGUCCCAUCAAACUACAGCAAAAACACAGCUCAUGCAGAUUCAGAAUGGCACAUAUGUAGAAUCUAUGAAUAUGUGGUCCUUUUAUAGCAGCUACACGUUUUGUUAAAGUUGCUUAUUUAUUCAAUACUUCCUUUUCUUAUUUGUUGUCAGUUUGGAAAUAAAUUUUCUUUUUAAACAA